AUUGAAACCACCAGACCUUCUCGAAUAUCUAUCAUACUUAAAAUCGGACUUCAUAAUGCCUAUGACCAUCAUUCGAGGCUCUCGAGUCAGUGGGGGAGCCACGAUCAAACAAGGACCGACAUUUACAGGCGAGGUCUACGCUGACCCAAUACUCUUCAAAGCCGAAGAAGGAAUCAACAUCAAUCACGUUACAUUUACACCGUGUUCUCGGACUUAUUGGCAUUCUCACGAACACGGACAGCUUCUGGAAGUCAAGAUUGGCUCCGGUUGGAUUUGCGACAAAGGCGGCGAACCUCAACGACUGAAUGUGGGAGAUAUUGUGUGGGCACCAGCAGGAACAACUCACUGGCAUGGAGCCGACAACGGAAGUCUCAUGGCGCAUCUCGCUGUCAGUCACGGGAAAACAACUUGGCUGGAUCCUGUGACUGAUGAAGAGUACAAUGCGAAGAAUGCGACCAAGGUAUAGGUGGUGUAGAGACGGAGGACCGAAGACUAUCAUUAAAUAUGUUCAUUUUCGCCAUCCAACAAGCCUUUCUCAUCAGAAAUGUAGUAAGUUGUCUGUCAUGAAGACAUAGCC